CCCUCUUGCGGGGCUUCAGUCCCCCACUUGUCUCGACAGCAACCGAACUUGUCACGGGGCUCGGUUCAACCCUCUCCACCCUCCCGGCUGCCAGCGUCCCGCCCCGUCCCCUCCCAGCCCCCAGGGAGGAGGGGAGUGCUGCAGCGAGGAGGGGGGUCGCGGAGGCCAGGCUUUAUAAAGGCGCUGGAAGAGCGCUGCCCGCCAGACCCUGCCGCACGGAUCCGAGCGCUGCCCGCCGCCCCACGCGACCGCGCCGUGCCCCAGCUCCACCGCUUAGCCCGCUGGCCAUGGCCCUGUUGGGGGCCCUCUUCCUAGCGCUGCUGGCAGGCGCCCGCGCGGAGCUCCCGGGCUGCAAGAUCCGCGUCACCUCCAAGGCGCUGGAACUGGUGAAGCAGGAAGGGCUGCGCUUUCUGGAGCAAGAGCUGGAGACCAUCACUAUUCCCGACCUGCGGGGCCAAGAGGGACACUUCUAYUACAACAUCUCCGAGGUGAGGGUCACGGAACUGCAGCUGACGUCCUCUGAGCUCCACUUCCAGCCCGAGCAGGAGCUUAUGCUACAAAUCACCAACGCCUCCUUGGGGCUGCGCUUUCGGAGACAGCUUCUCUACUGGUUCUUCUAUGAUGGAGGCUACAUCAAUGCCUCUGCGGAGGGUGUGUCCAUCCACACGGGUCUGCAGCUCUCCCAGGAUUCCUCUGGUCGGAUGAAAGUGUCCAAUGUCUCCUGCCAGGCUUCUGUCUCCAGAAUGCAUAUGGUCUUCAGCGGAACCUUCAAGAAGGUGUAUGAAUUUCUGUCUACGUUCAUCACCUCCGGGAUGCGCUUCCUCCUCAACCAGCAGAUCUGCCCUGUGCUCUACCAUGCGGGAAUGGUCUUGCUCAACUCCCUCCUGGACACUGUGCCUGUGCGCAGUUCUGUGGAUGAGCUUGUGGGCAUCGACUAUUCCCUGCUGAAGGAUCCUGUGGUCUCAACCAGCAAUCURGACAUGGAAUUCCGGGGAGCAUUCUUCCCCUUGGCCGAGGGGAACUGGAGCCUCCUGAACCAGGCGGUGGAGCCCCAGCUGCAGGAGGAGGAGCGGAUGGUGUACGUGGCCUUCUCCGAGUUCUUCUUUGACUCUGCCAUGGAGAGCUACUUCCGGGCGGGGGCCUUGCAGCUGUCCCUGGUGGGAGAUAAGGUGCCCCACGAUCUGGACAUGCUGCUCAGGGCCACCUACUUUGGGAGCAUCGUCCUUCUGAGCCCUGCAGUGAUUGACUCCCCGCUGAAGCUGGAGCUGCAGGCCAUGGCCCCCCCACGCUGCACCAUCAAGCCCUCGGGCACUACCAUCUCCGUCACAGCCAGUGUCACCAUCGCCCUGGUCCCACCCAACCAGCCCGAGGUCCAGCUCUCCAGCAUGAUCAUGGACGCCCGAUUUAAUGCCAAGAUGACACUCCGGGGCAAGGCUCUGCGCACACACCUGGACCUGCGCAAGUUCCGAAUCUACUCGAACCAGUCUGCACUGGAGUCCCUGGCACUGAUCCCGCUCCAGACCCCUCUGAAGGCCAUGCUGCAGGUCGGGGUGAUGCCCAUGCUCAACCAACGGACCUGGCGUGGGGUCCAGAUCCCCCUACCCGAGGGCAUCAACUUUGUUCGUGAGGUGGUGAAGAACCAUGCGGGCUUCCUCACCAUUGGCGCUGACCUCCACUUCGCUAAAGGGCUGCGAGAGGUGAUCAACAAGAACCGGCCUGCCAACGCCAGGGACCCCCAGGCGUCCAGUGCUCCUCCGUCCAAGGCCAGGGACCCCCAGGCGUCCAGUGCCCCUCCAUCCUCCACAGCAGCUGUUGCAGCCCCACCCCCACCCUAGUAGCUUCCGCUGGGGACCCCACCC